AUGGGGUGGAUGCUCCCUUUUCUGCAUAGAGCAAAGCUAUUCCUUCAAUCAUUAUGGAAAGCUCAGCUCGAGUGGGACGACCGUUUACCGGAGCCCCAGCAGAUAGAGUGGGAAAAAAUCUGCGCUGAAAUAAAUGGGUUCAAAAAAUCUAUGCCGAGAUUCCUUGCACGAAAGUUCUCCACAGCAAUGCUGAUCACUUUUGCGGAUGCUAGUUCUGACGCAAUGGCAGCAUGUGUAUACCUGCGCUCGGACAACGCUGUGAACUUGCUGAUGGCUAAAGGAAGACUGCCUCCGCUAGAUUCAAAGGUGACGGUGCCGAAGCUUGAGCUCAAUGCGAUGACGUUAGGUAUGCGUCUGACUAACUCAGUCAUAUCACAGCUCUCUUCGACUGUGACGAUAUCUCGCGUACUGAUUCUGUCGGAAUCCGAAAUCGCGUUAAACUGGAUCAAGUCUACCCCACGACAUGACGUCGGACCCUUCGUGAAAAAUCGUGUCACGGAAGUUAGGAAAAUCAUGACUUCUCUCGAGAAGUCAGGAUACCAAGUACAAUUCGGUCAUAUUUCGUCAGAAUGGAACCCUGCUGACUGUGCAACCAGAGGACUCGACAAGCAAUCAUUGUCAAACCAUUUCUGGUGGAAUGGACUAUCUUUACUAGGAAACUCAUCAGAAACCUGGGACAAGACAUACAAGGCGGUUACUAUUGAAAAAGCGAUAGGAGAUGAUUUGGAUCCCAUCACUAUAAGUACCUCCUCCGUUAGCAAGCCACUUCACUUGCUCCUAGUUGGAACAAGGAUUUAUUCCAUAGGAGGCUGA